UAGCCUACCAUUAUAUUUAUGCUAUACUAUUAUAUAGAAACGUAUAUGCAAUCUAGUUCCAGACAGAUCCAUAGAUUUUACUGCAGUGGCAGCUAGUUUACAAAAUUCAAUUGAUGCUCACAAGCAUGAAAUACAGCUGUUUUACUGCUAUUAUUAUGUUUGCAGUUGUCCACUGUGAUGUUGAUUCAAGUCACCAAGUACCAUUUCUGCCAGAUGAAGAAGAGGAAACAACCGGAAACUACAUUAUAGGACUGAAUGUUGAAACCAGUCAUAGCACAUUUGAGCAUAUUGCCAAUGAAGUGAGAAAACAAUCAACUGAUCAUAAAAUAGUAGUAAAAGUCGAAGGACCAUUUGCUAAAAUAAUUACAGCAAAAUUGACAGAAGAUCAAGCAAAAAGAUUAAUGCAACAUGAGGAUAAUAUUGAGUUUAUAGAGAAAGAAAAUUAUGCAUCCAUUGACAUGUCAUGGGCUGUGGAUCGCAUUGAUCAAGUCAGUUCAGUAUUGGACAAUCGGCCAUACACUCCAUGUGAAUGUGGCAAUGGUGUUGAUGUAUAUGUCCUUGAUACCGGUAUUCGCUAUGAUCAUUGUGAGUUUGGAGGAGGAGCAAAGUAUGUAUUUUGCAAUCAUUAUGUAUUUGAUGGAAGAGCCAAGUAUCCAGGUUAUGAUCCAAUUGAUAAUUACAAUGAUACCAAUUUAGAAGGUCGAGAUUGUCAUGGACAUGGUACCCACAUAGCCAGUUUAGCAGUUGGGAAUGUUUCUGGACUAGCUCGUUGUGCUACUGUUUAUAGUGUACGUGUACUAGACUGCAAUGGCAGAGGACCUUACAGUGUUAUAAUAGAUGGACUUAACUAUGCAGCUAGCAAGGUUAGAAUGACACGGAGACCAUCAGUUAUUUUAAUGUCACUGGGUGGAUCUUUCUCCUCUUCUCUUAAUCAAGUGGUAACAAAUGUGGUCAAUCAGGGAAUACCUGUAGUUACAUCUGCUGGUAAUGAUCGUGGUAAUGCAUGCACUAAAUCACCUGCUAGCAAUCCUGGAGCUAUAACAGUCGGUAGCACUUUCAUAGGAGACUAUAUUAACUAUAAUACUAAUGCUGGACCCUGUGUGGAUAUAUUUGCUCCUGGAGCAUUUGUGACUGCUGCUAGUCAUACUUGUUCUACUUGUUCAUGUACUAAAGUUGUAAGUGGUACAUCAGUGGCUGCUGCUCUUGUUUCUGGUGCUGUGGCAUUACUACUGGAAAAGGACCCUUUACUCUCUCCUGCCUGCAUCUUGGAUACACUAAAAAUAAACUGUCUUAAGUUUAGUAUCAAUUUUCUCUUUUUAAGUAGUUAUUACAAAAGUACAACAAAUAACUGCUUUCUUCAUGUUAAACAAUGUACUGAUGUAUGUGGGAUUACACCUACUAGUACUUUUGUCGUUACACGUACUAGUACCUCAAUCUAUGUUACCACCUCAAUAAAUACUACUACCUGCACCAAAACUACUAAUUUCACAGAAUGUACUACCUUAACAUGCCCUAUUACUUUAACAACCAUUACUACUGUUUCAGACUCUACUAUGUUAACAUGUCAUUCUACAUCAACAUACCAUGAAAGUGUAAUAAACAAUAUUACUUCCACACAUGGAAAAACUGAAACGUUUCUUACUACAAUGGUUCAAACGUAUACUUCAACUCAUCAUAUUACUUCAACAGAUAUUACUACUUCCAUAAAACUUGCUUAUUUGACACAUACUAGUACUUCAACCAAAUUUAGUUUUAGUUCCAGCACUACAUGUAUUUCUACAAGCACUGUUACAUUGCGGCCAACAAUUACAAGCACUAAUACAGUUACAUCAACUGUACCGGUUUUUUAUGAUACACAUAGUGUUUAUGACUGUCAUGAUAACACAGGGCCCAGGAUCCCAGAGCCAGGCAAUCCUGCAGUUUAAAGUUCAAUUUGUUAAUUUUGUAAAUAUAAAAAUGUGUAACUUUUGUUAAUUAAUUAUAGAUUUGUCAAUAUUAUUUCAUAGAUGGUCAACUCUAAGUCUAUGGUCAUAGACUACAGAUAGCAUAGACUAUUAUUAUCAUAGAUACAGACUAUGCAACCUAGCUACAUAUCUGAUUAAAGUUACCAGAAACUCAAUUCUUACAUCUGUCUUGCUGCUGUCCUCUUCAUAUCACUUAUUAAGUUAUUCAUACAGCUCCAGGAGAGAAGACAACAGGAAACUACAAUGUAGUAAUGGAGAUAGAGCCAGUCACAGUACGUUGAGCAUAUUGCUGAUGAAGUGAGAAAUGACUCAGUCGAUCACAAGAUAUCAAAGAAAGUGGAAGGACCAUUUGCUAAGAUUAUAGCAAAAAUGACAAAAGAAGGAAGACACAGCUCCUGGAGUGUCGUCAUCAAUGAGUUGAACUAUGCAGUAAGAACAAUCACAAAAGCAUCCAUUGGUAGUUUCUCUCUCUUGGAGGAGAGUAUCAAGAAUCAGUUGAUCAGUGCAUCACUUCAACUGUGCCCUAAGCCAGGAGCUCACAAUUGCUUAUAUACAUACUCUCCCAAACUGAGGCAUUACCAGAAUAUAAUUAGAUCUAUGGAUCUACAUCAAUAAAGAUUACAAAUUACUAUAGGACAAGAUUAUGUAUAUAGUCAUUAUUUUUAUGAGUUAUUAAUCUAUACUAUUUCAUUUGUCGUUGGUUCACUUUUUUUGCUAUCUUCACUUUUAGUAUCAUCAUGAACCUCUAGCUCUGUGUUUGACUGAUCCUCCGACCUCAUUUGGGAAGCAUUUUGCUUGAAAGACUUGAUGAUCCUUGACCUACAGAACAAAGCCAAACAUUAAUACACUAAAAGUCCAUUUUUGUCAUUCACCCGAGCACUUAUAUUUUUUACUUUAUACGCAUUAACUUCAAAUAUA